AUGGAAAAUGAGAAACGCGAGUGCGAGGUGGAGGACAGAGACAAUGAAAACGGAGGGGAUGACAAGGCCCAGGACACCAUCACACAGAAAGCAGAACAGGAAAACACAUGCAACGGAUGUGGGAAAACGGUAGCCAAAAAAUUGAGCUGCCCAAUAUGUCUAAAAAAAAAAAUCCAUAGCUACUUUUGCACACAGGAAUGUUUCAAAAAUUCGUGGAAAGAACAUGUGGAAAAAGUGCAUGAAAAAUUGAAAAAGGAGGAAGAGGAAAAAAAAAAAAAGUUCAUGCAACUCGUAAAGAAAAAAUUAUCACCACAAAAUUUCGAUCCAACAAACAGAAAAUAUUGGAUUUAUGACACGCAUUUGAAACCUUUCGCUUAUUUUUCAUUUACGGGAAAAUUGAGACCUUGGCCAAGAACAGAAAUGAAUACCGUACCAGCACAUAUAAAAAGACCAGACUAUGCAAUAACAGGCAUCCCCGAAUCGGAAUUAUUGUAUAAAAGGAAAAGUGAUAUAUAUGUGAAUAGCCAAGAAGAAAUUGAAAUAAUAAAGGAGGCAUGCAUUUUAGGGAGAAAGACAUUGGACUAUGCGCAUUCGUUAGUAGCACCAGGAGUAACAACUGAUGAGAUUGACAAAAAAGUUCAUAAUUUUAUUAUAAAGAAUAAUGCCUACCCAUCAACUUUAAAUUAUUAUGAAUUCCCCAAAUCGUGUUGUACAUCUGUUAACGAAAUUGUGUGUCAUGGGAUUCCGGAUUUGAGACCAUUACAAAAUGGGGAUAUCAUCAACAUCGACGUAAGUGUCUUUUUCAAAGGGGUACACGCUGAUCUGAAUGAAACCUUCUUUGUUGGGGAUAUGGAACAAGUACCAAAGGAGACCAAGGAACUCGUACAGACCUGCUACUUUUCCCUAAUGGAGUCGAUAAAAAAAUGCAAACCAGGAAUGUUAUAUAAAAAUAUUGGUAAUAUCAUAGAUGCCUAUGUAUCCAAAAAGGGCUUUUCCGUGGUACGUACUUAUUCGGGUCAUGGGGUUGGGAAAUUGUUUCAUUCGAAUCCAACUGUUCCUCAUUUUAAAAAAAAUAAAGCCGUUGGGAUUAUGAAAGCUGGCCAUGUGUUUACUAUUGAGCCGAUGAUCAAUCAGGGCCACUACGCUGAUGUCUUGUGGCCUGACAAGUGGACCAGCGCCACUUCUGAUGGGAAAUUAUCGGCCCAAUUUGAGCACACUUUGUUAGUUACCGAAACGGGCGUCGAAAUUUUGACCAAGCGAUUGCCGGAAUCCCCGAGUCUGGGAUUCGACACGAAGGAUGAUUUGUACGAGGUGUAA